CCAAACGAGGACGCACUACUCGGCACAGUCGAUAGCACGCCCAUUGUCCUGUUCAACGAGUGGGGGCGAAGUUCUCAAUGAGAACGGACAGGUCCCGCAGGUGGUGAAUCAGUUCAAGACACAUGCCCGACUUCGUGAAAUCGUCAUGAUGAAGUGCGGCUGGUUGGCUCCCGUUGGGCGGCAGGACAUGAUUCCGCCCGUGCCGGAACUGGUCGAGGGGACCGAGAUCGGACAACGCGGCGGUGGAGAAGAGGGGGAGGUAGCUUCUUCUUUGACCGGAACCCGCGAAGAGGAGCAUGCAUAUCAUGUUCCACACGCGGCUGCAACUGCGCACGGCAAGACCACGGAACUGAAGCGAUAUCAACUGGCAAAAGUGUCGAAUGAGUCGUGCAACGCGCAGGGGAUGUCGUGCUCGUGCACGCAUAACGAGUGCCAAAUGCACUAA